UUGAACAAAACCGAAACCCUAAACCCUUACAACAAAAUCAACAUGCAUUCUUUGUUCUACUCAUUCAUCUUCAUCGUUCCAUUCCAUCACAAGGAUCAAACUUUGUAAUGUCCCAAUCCCAAUUUUCAGUCUUCUCAAUAUGAAAAAUCAGAAUCCAAUUGAAUCUAUUUUGACCAAAUCAUGUUGCAUUUUGGGCGCAACCUCUUCCACAUCACUGGUGUUCGAGUAAGCUCAUUUCAUCCAAACCCAUUUCCCCUUUUGUUCAAUCUAUCAUCCCCAUCUUCUCAAAAUUCAAUUUUUUGUUCCCCCAUGAUUUUUUUCACUAGUUUUAUUUGUGUUAUUAGAUACCCUUUUAGCUCAAAACCUUCUUUUGAUGACAUUGUAUCAGAAUCGGUGCGUAGUUUCUCGCAGAUUAAUGCCCCUCAUUUGUUUGAUUCAGCACUUGCACCCAUUUGGGUGUCUAAGGUUUUGGUUAAUUUGAAAGAGGACCCAAAAUCGGCAUUGAAGUUUUUUUAUAGUAGUGCAGGGAAUCAAGUUGGUUUUCGCCACACUAAUGAAUCUUAUUGUAUUCUUGUUCAUAUUUUAUUCUGUGGAAUGUUUUAUUUUGAUGCCAAAAAUGUUAUUAAAGAGUGGAUUUUACUGAGGAGGGAAAUUCCGGGGUGUGAUUGGUUUGAUAUGUUGUGGUCGACUAGGAAUGUUUUUAGGACAAAUUUUAGGGUGUUUGAUGCUUUGUUUGGUGUUUUGGUUGAAUUGGGGAUGCUUGAGGAAGCUAGGCAAUGCUUUUGGAAGAUGAAAAAAUUUAGGGUUCUGCCAAAAGUGCGGUCAUGUAAUGAGCUUCUUCACAAGCUUUCAAAAUCAGGUAAAGGGAAAUUGUCCUUGAGUUUUUUCAAUGAGAUGGUUGGAGCUGGUCUUUCGCCCUCGGUUUUCACAUAUAAUAUAGUGAUAGACUAUUUGAGCAAAGAAGGGGAGUUAGAAACUGCUAGGAUUUUGUUUGAACGGAUGAAACAAAUGGGCCUUAAGCCGGAUGUAGUCACUUAUAAUUGUCUUAUUGAUGGGUAUGGAAAGGUGGGAUUAUUGACCGAAGCGGUUAUUGUUUUUGAGGAAAUGAAGGAUGCAGGGUGUGAACCUGAUGUGAUAACAUUUAAUUCUUUAAUCAAUUGUUUCUGUAAAUUUGAAAGAAUUCCUCAAGCUUUUUGUUAUCUGCGUGAGAUGAAGGAAAGAGGGUUGAAGCCAAAUGUCGUAACUUAUAGUACAGUGAUAGACGCAUUUUGCAAGGCCGGCAUGAUGCUGGAAGCAAUUAAGUUUUUUGUUGACAUGAUACGAGUUGGUCUUCAACCUAAUGAGUUUACAUAUACGUCUCUGAUUGAUGCAAAUUGUAAAAUAGGAGAUCUGAGUGAAGCAUAUAAACUGGCAAAUGAGAUGUUGCAGGCUGGCCUUAGCCUAAAUAUCGUUACAUAUACUGCAUUACUGGAUGGCCUUUGUGAAGAUGGUAGAAUGAAAGAAGCGGAAGAAUUAUUCAGAUCAUUGUUGGAUGAUGGAGUGGCUCUUAAUCUGCAAAUUUAUACUUCCCUUAUUCAUGGAUAUACCAAAGCCAAGAUGAUGGAGAAAGCCAUGGAUAUUUUGGAGGAAAUUAACAAGAAAAACUUCAAACUAGACCCUACACUCUAUGGAACCAAAAUAUGGGGCCUUUGCAGCCAAAAUAAAAUAGAAGAAUCUGAAGCUGUAAUACGCGAGAUGAAGGAUCAUGGUCUGACAGCAAACAGUUAUAUAUACACAUCCCUUAUGGAUGCAUAUUUUAAGUUUGGAAAAACCACAACGGCUGUUAAUCUAUUACAAGAGAUGCAGGAAUUAGGUGUCGAUAUAACGGUCGUAACCUACGGUGUACUAAUUGAUGGUUUAUGCAAAAAAGGUUUGGUUCAACAGGCUGUCGGUUACUUCGACCACAUGACUAAAACUGGUUUGCAACCUAAUAUUAUGACAUUCACUGCACUAAUUGAUGGCCUUUAUAAAAAUGAUUGUGUCGAAGCAGCCAAUAAGCUGUUCAAUGAGAUGUUGGAUAAGGGAAUCAGGCCGGAUAAGUUAGUCUAUACUGCUUUAAUUGAUGGGAACCUGAAACAUGGUAAUCCUGAAGAAGCUUUGAGUUUGCUAAAUAGAAUGGUUGAAUCGGGUAUGGAGCUCGAUCUGCAUGCUUAUACUUCGUUGGUUUGGGGUUUGUCGUAUUGCGGUGAGGUACAACAGGCAAAGUCGUUUCUAAACGAGAUGCUCAAUAAGGGCAUUAUUCCUGACCAGGUUCUCUGUAUUCGUCUUUUGAGAAAAUAUUAUGAGCUAGGAGACAUAAAUGAAGCAAAGGAACUUCAUAAUGAUAUGCUGAGGAUGGGCCUAGUUGAUUCGAAAAUGGAGACAUAACAAGUCCCUCUAAUACACACUUGAGAAGAAAAACCUGUUUUUCAAACUUGGUUUGGUUCAGUCUUAUUUUUGUGGCACAAAAUGUUGAUUCUUUCAUUUAUUUAUUUCUUUUGCCAAAGUUCAGUAACUUCAUUGAAAUGAAUUUGAUGCAUCAUUAUAUACUGGCAAUUGCCUGCUCUAAUUGAUGCAUUCUCAUUCUCAAGGAGUUUGUUUAGGUGUGCCUUUCAAUAUUUAUGUUUCUCAUGUGAUCAUCAAGAUUCAAGAAACCAUAAAAUGAGGCUAUCCUGGUUCGAAAAAGUCUUGAUAUUCUUUGGUUGAAUUCUAAUUACAAAGCUCAUAAUUGUAGCACAUUCACUUCUAUACUCGUGUUUCAUAAUUCCUCCGGUUUAGUGCAUCCCACCCAAGGACUGAUUCUUGCUCGAUAGUGAAUCCUCGUUAUAGUAGAUGCAGAAGAGUUCAGCCAUAGUGGAAGCACAUUUUACUGCUUAAACAUAUUAGACAAGGCCGGACAUACAGGGAUUCCAACAUUUGAUGGCAUUGAGAAGGGGUAAUCUAUAGUCGUGGCUCUCUUAGAAAGCGAGCAACCAAAAUGCAAACUCUUCCAAUAAAAUCUUCAUUCAGUGUCGUAGAGCUACACGCUCAUAUUCUAUGAAUGAGGCUGUUCCAAGGAAUUGACAGUAGAAGGGUUUGUGAUCCUAGUCGAUAUUACAUGAUGACGAUUGUUGCUUAUCAAGUUUUACAAUAUUAAACCAUGGGGCCCCACUGAGACUAUUUUGAAUCAGUUUAGGGAAAUAUUAGUUAGGCUUAGUUACAGUCUUACAGAUUGGUUAUGUUGUAUAUAAUUAAUCAGGAGUGAGAGUGAAAAAUUUCUUGUCAUUUGAGAGAAGAUCGCAGCCUUCAGGCAUAGGGAGAUACAGACCCCCGAAGUAGUGUUCAAUCUUUGUAAUUAGGUUUUUAUCCACAUUUCUUUCUAAUAAAACACAUUUUCUACUCCUUA